CUUCUUCCCCCUCUUCCACACACUGAUGCCUCUGUCUCCUCAGUCCCAUGCCAGUGCAGGAGACUCGCAGGGCUUUCCCCAUGCCAGCAGCACCAGGGCUCACGUGUGCACUCCCUUCCCACGCGCAGGUGCUGGGACCCUGCAGAGAGCUGAGCAGCAGCCUGCUGAGGAGGGGCCGGUGAUCCUGGAGCUGCAGAGGACGUGCGCAGGGAGCCUGGAGGAGAGGAGCUCCCUGACCCCUGAGCCAGGCCAAGUGCAGAAGGGGCAGGGCAGGCCUCCAAAGCAGGAGGAGAGCUCGGAGCUCCGGGAGGUGUUUGAGGACGUGGCUGUGUAUUUCACACGGAAGGAGUGGGAGCUGCUGGACGAUGAAGACAAGGUGCUUUACCAGGACCAGAUGCUGAAGAAUCACCAAGCCCUCGUUUCCCUGGGAUAUCGAGGUCCCACACCUGACUUAAUCAGCAGCAUUGAGCGAGGACAGGUGGAGCUUGGGGAAUGUGAUGAAGAGGACAAUGGGGAAAUCUUAAAGUCAGAGGAUGUGCUGCCAGGAGAUGUCUGGCUGCUGAGCAGAGCUGAGGAGCAGCCUCCUGUGGAAGGGUCUGCAGACCUGCAGCCAGCACAGACUUCCCCAGGGAGUUUGGGUGAGAUGGACUCCCUGAGACCUGAGAUGGAGCCAUGCCAUGAGACUCAGGGGAGGUCCCAAAAGCAGAAGGAGAAUGUAGCCAUGAGCCAGGACUGGUAUAUCCACCUAGGGAGGAAGACACACCACUGCACUGAGUGCAGAAAAAACUUCAUCUGCUUGCAAGACCUGUCCUACCAUGAGUGUGUGCGGCACUGCUGCACCCAGUGUGGGAAGAGAUUCAGGCAGUUCUCCGACCUGGCGAGGCACUGGUGCGUGCACACAAAGGAGAAGCCACAUCAGUGCUCAGAGUGUGGGAAGCACUUCACUCACUCCUCCAGCCUGGCUAGGCACCAGCGUAUCCACACAGGGGAGAAGCCACAUCAGUGCUCAGAGUGUGGGAAGAGUUUCUCUCAGUCUGCCCACCUGGCUCAGCACCAGCGUAUCCACACGGGGGAGAAGCCACAUCAGUGCUCAGAGUGCGGGAAGAGUUUCACUCAGACCUCCAGCCUGGGCAAGCAUCAGCGUAUCCACACAGGGGAGAAGCCACAUCAGUGCUCAGAGUGUGGGAAGAGCUUCACUCAGACCUCCAGUCUGGCUCUGCACAAGAUUAUCCACACAGGGCAGAAGCCGUAUUGGUGCUCAGAGUGUGGGAAGACCUUUGCUAACUCCAUUAGGCUGGCUCAGCACCAGCGUAUCCACACAGGGGAGAAGCCACAUCAGUGCUUAGAGUGUGGGAAGAGCUUCAGUCACUCCUCCAGUCUGGCUCAGCACCAGCGUAUCCACACAGGGGAGAAGCCACAUCAGUGCUCAGAGUGUGGGAAGAGCUUUGCUAACUCCUUUAGGCUGGCUCAGCACCAGCGUAUCCACACGGGGGAGAAACCAUAUCAGUGCUUAGAGUGUGGGAAGAGCUUCAGUCGCUCCUCCAACCUGGCUCAGCACCAGCGUAUCCACACAGGGUAUAAGCCACAUCAGUGCUCGCAGUGUGGGAAGAGCUUUGCUAACUCCGUUAGGCUGGCUCAACACCAGCAUAUCCACACAGGGGAGAAGCCAUAUCAGUGCUUAGAGUGUGGGAAGAGCUUCAAUCACUCCGCCAACCUGGCUCGGCACCGGAGAAUCCACAUGGGACAGAAGCCAUAUCAGUGCUCAGAGUGUGGGAAGAGCUUUGCUAACUCCGUUAGGCUGGUUCAGCACCAGCAUAUCCACACUGGGGAGAAGCCAUAUUGGUGCUCAGAGUGUGGGAAGAGCUUCAGUCACUCCGCCAACUUGGCUCGGCACCGGCGUAUCCACACAGGGGAGAAGCCACAUCAGUGCUCACAGUGUGGGAAGAGCUUCUCUCAGUUCUCACACCUGGCUCAGCACCAGUUUAUUCACAUGAGGGAGAAGCCAUAGUAGUGCUCAGAGUGGGAAGAAUUUCAUCUAAUGUUCCACCUGUCCCAGCACCACCAUACCCACACAGAGGAGAAACCACAUCUGUGCUUGGAGAGUGGGAAGUGCUUCCUCCACUCCUCCAAACUGGCCCAGCACAAGUGUACCCCUGUGUAGGAGUAUCCAUAAUUCUGCCAGCAAUACAGAAAGGUUUUGGGAAUGUAUACCGGCUCAGUACCCACCAAUGUCUGCAUCCAGGGAUGCAGUCUCAUAUUGGUAGGCUCCAGCUACAGUUCACCCUUUGUUCAGCCUUUCUAGGGCACUGCAAAACCCAAAGGGCACAGGGGCUGGCCUCCCAUGUUUGAUGCGGGUGAAGGGUUAAAAGGAAACAUCUCAGGCAGAGGCCAGCACAGAUACUGGGGGAACCUGUGAGGAGAUUGUGGAAGAAUACCAUCUCUGUCUCUCCCCAUUUCUGAGGAAGGUGGGAAACCUGCGCUCUCUGCCUACAUGGCUGGCAUCACAUACCUGGGUGGGGGGCUUAAGCUCCCUAUUGUUCCAAGCAAUGCUAACAUGACAGGGAGGGGGUCAGAGCCACUGGAAGUCCAUCCUCUUACCCCUAGAAGUAGUCCUUUGGGAAGGGGGCAACCAGUGAUGCAUUUCAAAUUGUUUGUCUGGCAGCCAACAGUUGCUGGCCUUCAUUGGAUCAGGUAAAUGAGGUCAUAGGUUCUAUAUAAGUUAUGGACUACUUAGGAGGAGGGGCAGUAGCCAUGAUGAGAACUGAGAGAGAAUCUGGACCAUCUGAAACUCUCUUGAACCUCAUGAUCAAUGAACUGCUUGCCUCCAGAGGGAAUCUUCACCUGCCUCUUUAUGAUACUUUUGAGUAAGCUACUUGAGAGCUACCUAGAUAUAUAGCUUGCAGCAACGCAAUGGGCUCAAGUUUCAUAGUUGGUAGGAAGAGAAGUUUGGGUUUGAUAUUAGGAAGUGUUUUCUCUCUUGGAGUGUGGUAAAUACUGGAACAGGUUACCCAGAGAUGUGGUGGAAGCUUCAUCCUUGGAGGUUUUCAAAACCUGGCUAGACAAAGGUUUGACUGGGAUGAUCUAGUUGGAGAUGGUCCUGCUUUGUGCACGGGUUGGACUAGAUGAACUCCUGAGCUCCCUUCCAAUCCUAAUUUUCUUUGACUCUAGAGAUAUGCCUGUUCUAUAUGUGAUGGGCUAGCUGGCAGUGACUUAGCCCAGGGGUUUUGAAAUGAUUGGAGAACUUGGGAUUCCCUUUCCUCACCAAUCAGGCCCCAGAGACUCCCUCCAUGUCCCCUGAUUGGCCCCUUGGGUCACUUGGAGGGGGAUAAAAGAGGUAGUGCGGCUGACUCAGGGGGGUUCAGCAAGGGACCAGAAGGAAGAAAUCUCAAAGAGCUGGCAAGAACUGGGCCAGUGGGGUGGGAGCAGUUGCCCCAGAAGCACCUGAAGGAGUGGGACCUGCAGACAGCAGUUGGACCCUCAGCAGCAUGGGCUGGGGCCGGCAGGAGAGGCUCCCCAGUGAGCUCCAGGACCCCCUACAAAAGGCUGCAGCCAGCAGGAAAGGUUCCCCAGAUCCAGCAAGGAUCUGAGCAGCGACCUGUGAGGUUCCCAGCUCUGCUUCCAGAUCCUUCAAUAAGAGGCCAGGCAGUGUGAUGUGAGGCUCUAGGAAGGUCAAGACCGCUAGAAGCUUGGCACACUACCAGCACUGGUGGGUGUGUGGUAGAGUUUCUGCCUACCACAGGGGGGAGCCACAUUCAAGUCCCAGUUAGUCUGACUUGGGAUGACUGAAGUAACAGGGAUAAGUCUUCGUUGCAGUGGAAAAGGGUCACUGUGUUUUCCCCCUCUCUCCCCCUCCAGGUAUCUAGGCCCUAUAUUAGUUGUUAUUUGACAUUUUGUUUUUUGUGCCUUUUUAUAUUUCACCAACCACUAUGGUUUGUUGUGCUGUUUGUGUUUUAUAUUUUGUUAACCCUGUCUUUUAUUCAUAGAUUGUCAAGUCAGAAGGGACCACAAUGGAUCAUCUUGUCCGACCCCCUGCCCCUGGCAGGAAAGAGGACCGAGGUCAGAUGAUGCCAGCCAGCUGUCUAUUUAGCCUCCUCUUGAAGACCUCCAAGCUAGGUGAUAGCACCACCUCUCUUGAAAGCCCAUUCCAGAUCCUGGUCACCCUUACUGUGAAAAAUGUCUUCCUAAUAUCUAACCUAAAUCUCCUCUCAACUAGUGUACACCCGUUAUUCCCAGUCACUCCCUGGGGCGCCUUAGUAAACAGCGCGUCACCUAUUCCCCGUUGACCUCCCCUAUUAAAUUUAUAGGCGGCCACAAGAUCUCCCCUCAGCCGUCUCUUGUGAAGGCUGAAGAGAUUCAGCUCUCUCAGCCUCCCCCUGUAGGGUCUAUCACGAAGGCCACUAAUCAUGUGAGUGGCCUCCUCUGGACCCUCUUCAGAUUCCCUUUGAUUCAAAUGUGCACAAAUGUGUUCUCUAGCAUUUUCUCAGGGAUAGAGGUAAGACCGACUGGUCUAAAGUUACCCGGCUCAUCCCUUCUCCCUUUCUUGAAAAUGGGCACCAUAUUGGCCCUUCUCCAUUUCUCAGGAACCUUGCCAGAGCACCACAAGUGCUCGAACAGCUGUGCCAGCGGCUCAGGUAUGACACCGGACAAUUCUUUCAGCAGCUGUGGAUGGAGGUCGUCCAGGCCUGCUGACUUGUACCCAUCCAGCUCCUCCAGGAGCUCCUUAACUAUUUCAGAACUAACCAUAGGCGGACUGGUGCCACGUGGACAUCCGUCAAUGAUCUAGGUGGGGGAAUUGGCUUGUUGGUACUUAGAAAUACUGAAGCAAAGAACUCAUUGAAGAGCUCUGCUUUUUUCCCUGCGUCAACCACCAACUGUCCUGAUUUGUCCUGCAGGGGCCCUGUGUUGCUCUGAGCUUUCCUUUUGCCCGCUAUAUACCUGAAGAAGGACUUUUUAUUGUCCUUGAUUGCUGAAGCUAGCCUGAGCUCAAGCUCCGCCUUGACCUGUCUAACUGAUUCCCUGCAAUAGCACGCCAGGGAGAUAUAUUCCUCCUUGGUGGCUGCUCCCUGCUUCCAUUGCCUAUACAUCUCUUUCUUUGCCCCCAGACUCUCCUGGAGUUCCCUGUUCAGCCAAGGGGGCUUUUUUGCCCCCUUACCUUCCUUUCUACAAUAGACUCCUUUUGAGCCCCAAGGAUCACUCCGUUGAGAUACCUCCACCGUCAUGGACCCCCAUUUGCUCUAUAUUCUUGAGUUGUAUCCCCUCACUAACUAGCCUUCUAAGCUUGCUAAAGUUGGCCCUUCUGAAGUCGAACACCUUAGCCCUACUAGUUACUUUACCCACCCUUUGCUGGAUAGCGCACUUGACUAAGUGGUGGUCACUGUCUCCCAGGCUACCGUGAACUCACACGUUCCCCAUGAGAUCAUCCCCUGUUGCUAAGACCAGGUCAAGCAAGGCGCUACCCCUGGUGGGACUAGACAUCACCAGGGUUAGGUGGAGGUCCUGCACACAGUGUAAGACCCACCAUGAGCGGCUUGUUUUGGCUGUCUGCUCCUCCCAGCAGAUAUCUGGGUAGUUCAGAUCUCCCAUGACCACUGCCUCCCUCGCCUGUGUGGCGUCUGCUAGCUGCCCGGGAAUACAUUGUCUAUCUCUUGAUCCUGAUGAGAAGGCUGUAGUAGACCCCCACAAACAAGUCCUUUUCCCCUGGCCCCCCCUGGAUCCUGACCCACAAUGCCUCGGUAUUCCUCUCCUCCACCCCCACCUUAAUGGUGGAAGAAGUAUACUGCUGCUUAACAUAGAGUGCCACUCACAUAGGUUCCUAGCCAAGUUACAGGACCUCCACCUACCCUAGGAGCUGCACAGUACCACCAGGGGAAAUGACUUGUUAGACCUGGUCCUAGCCACAGAUGAAGACCUGGUGAAGGGACUGUGGGUGCUCGAGCACCUGGGUGAUAGCGACCAUCACCUACUGGAAUUUACCAUCCAGCACAGGGUGUCAAAAGGCUGCAGCAAGGCAGCAGCCCUGGACUUCAGGAGGGCAGAUUUCAAUGAAUUAAGGAGACUAGUUGGGGAGGCACUGAGGUCCCGGAGGGGAGGGGAGUUGGGAGUCCAAGAAGAGUGGUCGUUCCUUAAGGAGACGAUCCUCCAAGCCCAAAGUGUGACAAUCCCUUCAUGGAUCAAAGUGGGAAGAGUGCUCAAAAGCCCCCAUGGCUCACCAAAAGCAUCCACAAAUGCCUCAAAACCAAAAAGGAGGCAUACGCCCAAUGGAAGGGAGAGGCCAUCACCAAGGAGGAUUAUACCUCCUUGGCUUGAGAUUGUAGGGGGGCUAUUAGGAAGGCCAAAUCAGGGAUGGAACUGGGAUUAACAACCCGGAACAAAGAUAACAAGAAGUCCUUUUUUUAAAUACACAUGGGGUAAAAAGAAGGUGCCAAAUAAUGUGGGGCCUCUAUAGGACAUGCUUGGUAAUCUGCUGGCCAGAUGACAAAGCUAAUCUCUUUAAUAGAUUCUUUGCUUUCAUUUUUCUGAGCAGGGACAGGGACAUUCCUCCAUCCCCCCCCCCCCCCCCCCAGGAUUCCAGAUGGACCCAGGGGAGGUGCAGCUAGGCCCAGGGUCAGUGAGGACCUAGUCAGGGAACUUCUGGAGGGACUAGAUUUGUUCAAUCAGCAGGUCCUGAUGAUCUCCACCCCAGAGUGCUUAGGGAACUGGCAGAGGUCAUUGCAGGACCCCUGGCACAGCUUUAUGAGCACUCAUGGUCCACUGGAGAGGUGCCUGGUGACUGGAAAAGGGCCAAUGUGGUCCCCAUUUUCAAAAAAGGGAGGAAAGAGGUCCCAGGAAUCUAUAAGCCCGUUAGUCUUACCUCGGUUCUGGGGAAGCUCUUUGAGAAAAUUAUCCAGGAGCACAUCUAUGAGGGGCCAGCAGGGGAGUUAAUGCUUAGGGUCAACCAACACGGUUCAUUCGAGGCAGGUCCUGUUAGACCAACCUGGUGGCCUUCUAUGACCAUGUCACAAAAGCCUUGGAUGCAGGUGUCAUGGUGGACAUAGUUUUCCUGGACUUUAGGAAGGCCUUCGAAACCGUCUCUCACCCCAUCCUCAUUAAAAGAUUAGGCAUCUGUGGUGUCGAUGCCUACACACCCAGAUGGGUUGCAAAUUGGCUGGAGAGAUGGACCCAGAGUGUGGUGGUGGAUGGGUCAUUUAUGACCUGGAGAGAUGUGGGCAGUGGGGUUCCCCAGGGCUCAGUCCCCAAGCCCACACUUCAAUAUCUUCAUCGGCAGUUUAUGACAAGGGGGUGAAAAGCACCUUGUUCAAGUUCACAUAUGACACUAAGAUGUGGGGAGAAGUGAGCAUGCUAGAAGAUAGGGACAGCUACAACUAAAUCUUGACAAGUUACAGAGGCGGGAGGAUGAGAAUAGGAUGGGUUUCAAUACGGCCAAGUGCAAGGUGUUGCACCUGGGGAGGAAAAACCAGCAGCAUACCUGCAGGCUGGGGAACUCCCUUCUCAUCAGAACAGAGGCAGAAAAGGAUCUUUGGAAUCGCUAUUGAUUCCAAUAUGAACAUGGGCCACCAAUGUGGGGACAAGGUCAGGAAGUGUGUCUGGAACCAACUCUGGAACCAACUUCCCAGGGAAGUGGUCCUCGCCCCUACCUUGGGCAAAUUCAAGGGGAGUUUGGAUGAUCACCUGUCUGUGGUCUUGUGAACCCAGCAUUCAUUCCUGCCUGUGGCAGGGAGUCAGUCUAGAUGAUCUGUUCAGGUCCCUCCCGACCCUAGCUACUAUGAAACUGAAACUAUGAAGGCUAACUGCACCUUGUCAUGCAUCCAUAGAUUCAUUAUGAGCGCGUACAAGGAGGUGAUCCUUUCCCUCUAUGCAACACUGAUCAGGCUGCAUUUGGAGUACUGCAUCCAGUUCUGGGUGCCACUCUUCAGGAGGGAUGUGGACAGCAUCGAGAGGGUCCGGAGGAGGGCCAUGUGCAUGAUUAGGGGGCAGCAGGGCAGGCCUCACUCAGCCUCUGCUUGCUGAGGCUGAACAGGUUCAGGUCCCUUGGCCUGUCCUCAUAAGGCCUGCCCUGUUACCCUCCAACCAAG